AUGAAGAAACGUAGCAGUCCGCCACCGUCGACGGCGGACGGUGGCAUUGGCAGUGAAACGCUACUGCAUGCCUCGCAGCACACGAUGGCGGUCAAUGAGUUUAAGUUCAUUAACGAGCGCCCGGUGGACGAUAUCUCGCUGAACUUCUUCUACAAACCACACACGAUCACGCUGCUGGCCGUUUCGAUAUUUGGCGUGAUGUAUUUUGCCUUCGUCCGUAAUCAGUCCGAUAUACAGGAGAACAUUUGGGCCGGCAUGCUGUGCGUCAUAUUCUUCUUCCUGAUCAUCUCCGUGCUUGCGUUCCCGAACGGACCGUUCACUCGGCCCCAUCCGGUGGUCUGGCGAAUGCUAUUCGGGCUGUCGGUGCUCUACCUAAUGCUGCUACAGUUUCUAAUGUUCCAGGAUUAUAAGUCCAUCAUGGGGAUUUUCUACUGGUUCGAUCCGAAGCUGAGAGAUUUCCAUAUCGACAUGGAAAAGCAAUACGCCGCCAACUGCUCUGAUAUGUCGUUCGAACGCAUCUGGUCCCACGUGGAUGUGUUUGCCUGGGGCCACUUUUUGGGGUGGGCCUUUAAAGCCGUCCUAAUUCGUCACAUGGGCAUUUUGUGGGCCAUCUCGGUGAUGUGGGAAAUCACGGAAAUUACGUUCGCGCAUCUGCUGCCCAACUUUGCCGAAUGCUGGUGGGAUGCACUGAUUCUGGAUGUGCUGGUCUGCAAUGGGUUCGGUAUUUGGUGCGGGCUGAAGAUCUGUAAGCUGCUGGAAAUGCGCGAAUACAAAUGGGCCAGUAUACGGGACAUCUCGUCCACCACCGGCAAGCUGAAACGAGCGGUAUUGCAAUUCACUCCCGAAAGUUGGGCACCCGUGCGAUGGCUCGAUCCGAAAUGUACCUAUAUGCGAUUCUUCGCCGUCUGUCAGUUGGUUUUGCUCUGGCAGCUAACCGAGCUUAAUACUUUCUUCUUGAAACACAUUUUUGAAAUGCCACCUUCACAUCCGGUCGUCAUUGCGCGGCUAGUGUUUGUCGGUCUGUUUACGGCGCCCUCGGUGCGGCAGUACUAUAUUUAUGUGACGGACACGCGGUGCAAGCGAUUGGGUACACAAUGCUGGGUUUACAUUGCCAUUCUCGUGUCGGAGGCCAUUCUGUGCAUAAAAAAUGGCAAGGAGUUGUUUGAGCGCACCCAGGUGAAGAAUAUUGUCGUAUGGCUAAUCAUACAGGCGGUACUCUCGGUACUCUUUGUCUACGGUUGCAUGCUGUGGCACAGAUACGUUGCGGAAGACGAUUCCAGAGAUGGAUCUCCGGUGAAACAAAUGAAUCGAACGUUCAAGGACUCUGCCAUCGUAUCCGGUGAUUCGAAAGGAUACAAAGGUGGUUCCUCCUCGGCAAAAAGCUCGCCCCAAACUACGCCUACCAAAAAAGCCCGAUCUCAACAGGGGAACAAUGUUUCUCUCGGCGCAACCGGCAAAUCGGUCCGCGAACACCUUGAAUAG